CGAUGAAUUGGGUUUAGUUUAGUUCUCAGCUGGCAGUUGUCACAAUGAAAUUGCCUACCAAUUGGUGGCUAUUGUUACUAUUGAUUCCUCUCAUCCAGGCGGAGCCAAUCGAGAGUGAUGAUGAGACAACCGUUGGCUAUAACAUUAGCGAAUCACAAUCGCAAAGCCCCCAAGCUGAGGUAAUCUCCAGUCAAAACGAAGACCGACCUCAAAACACGCAGCAGGAACAGCAGGACCCGGAACAGACAUCAUCAGUGGACAGUGGCAACGGUGGCCAGGGUAAUGGCAAUGUCAUUAGCUCUGCCGGAGCACGGGUCGAGGCCGAUGUGAUUGACGUUGAGGCGGCCAAUAGUAAGGCCAAAACUGGUCAAACCACUCGCAUCUAUACCACCGGCGAGGUGGAUGAUAGUUUUUGGUUAAAGCAUUUGGGUGAUGACUUUAAGCAUGCGAUUCAUUUGCAAGUCGGCGGCACCAACGAUGAUUACCAUCAAUUAAUCAAUCAAACCAACAAUGGUGUCCAUGAGGAGGUGCAUCAUGAGUACUUGCCGGGAGCAGAACGUCCGCCGGGAUACCAGGAACAGCCCCAACAACAACAACAACCACAAGGCGCUGGUGACUAUGGAAGAAGAAUUCAAGCUGCCUAUAAUCCAAGAUCCCGAUUGGCGGCACAAUUAAGUCUUGAUAGUGAGUCAAUGGCUCUCAAGCAGCAUUACCUACAACAACAACAUCAACAACAACAGCAACAACAACAGCAGCAACGACAACGUCUAGCUCAAUACACGCCACACACUUACACACAGCCCACACACACACAACAACACCAACACUCACACCAACACCAACACGCACACCCACACCCACACGCACACCCACAUCAAUCUGUCUAUACACAAAACGUGUAUUCGAACACAAAUACUCAAAACUAUCCAUUGCCACAGCGAUCAGUGGCCAAUGGCCAAGUGGGAAUCCCACGACCAACUCUUAUCAAUUCCAGCGAGGAUACACUACACAGCGGUAUAAGUACAUCCAAUGCAGGAGGAUCUUCUUCGGUUGCCUCUGCUGCCUCCUCAUCCGGAACAGCGGGAUCCAGCCGAUCAGCAGUGAAUGCUGAGGGAGACAACGAUUCCUUUGGCGAUCAGAUGCUACCCUUUAAAUCGCCCUUCAAUGACUAUGGCAGUCGUCCCACCAGAGACCUCACCUAUUUACUCUACAGGCGAGGACUCUAAACUCUAAAAUAGGAUUCACAGUGUGUUUAAGUUAUCCCUAAGUUAAGGACAUUUAUUAAACCAAAAAACUAAAACUAAAA